GCUGCUUUGUGGAGCUCAAGUAGCUUCAUCAACACACCUAACACCUGCAGCCCUUGUAUUCCUUUGCUUGCUCAUGCCCCCACCUCAACUCCUGUUGAGCUGGAAGUUCAGAUCAGCUGCCAUUUGUCAGUGCAUACCCUGUUCCUAGUGUGUGGUACCCUAGAAUGAAGGGAGAAUGACCCAAGCCUCGGGCUCUCAGGAACAGCCUGAGAAACCAGCAUGCCCACACUAACGGGCAGCUCAGAGCUGCCUUUCUGGCAGGUGAGGCCUGGAUCCCCACCCGCGGGGAGAAGAACCACUGGAGCCCCCAGAGAUCCACUGCAGCUCCCGAACCGGCUGCCACACUUUGUAUGCCUAGAGAAUGGUUUCCAAGGCGACAGUAAACAGAGGGCGGGGCCUGGGACCAAAAGCCCCGCUCACCAAGGCUGCGGCGCGCCAAGGGAGGCGGUGAGAGGGCGCAUGCAGGGCCCUGGCUGCGGACUCCUGCUUCUGAGCGCAGGGAAGCUGGGGCCUGCGCGCCUGGGCUCCGCCUCCUGGUGCUACCCAGAGGGCGGCUUGGGGUACGGCUGGCCGGGGGAACGACAGCCACCUGAGCCCCGCGUCAGUUCCGCUGCCCGCUGGCCCUGGGUGCGCCACUCCCGGCGGCGACAGGGGCUACCAUCACCCGGGCAGCUACAGUGGCCUGGGCCCGCCUCCACCCAGCCGGAGGGGGAUUGUGCGAGCGGCAGCCCUGCCCCUGCGCACCCUCUGGAUCAAGCCUUCGAGAAGCUUUCCCAGGGUCUGCACCCCAAGAGCACCUCAGAUCCUCGCUCCCUGGGCCCCCUGCACUCUCUGGCCCUAGAUGAUGACCUGCCGCGGGACGGUUCCUCUUGCCUGUGGGGUGGAUUCUCCAAGGUGUCUCACCACAUGGGCCGCCUCAAAAAUGCCAAAAUCCACGUGGAGAGAGCUGUCAAGCAGAAGAAGAUCUUCAUGAUCCAGGGCCACUACCCGGUGAUCCGCUGCCUCCUGCGCCAGAGGGGCUGGGUGGAGAAGAAGAUGAUCCAUCAUAUGGGCGCCCCGGCUCUGCUACCGCCCCAGAAGGAGCUGGACAACUCGGCAGCAGGUGACAGCGACACCCCCGAGAAUGAGGAUGAAGACGACCAGGAAGAGUUUCAACCACCACAGCCAUUCAACUUCGAAGGGUUUCUGGAAUGUGGCGAUGUGGAAGGGAUGCAUGCCUUAAUGUCCCGCAUGGUUCGCAAUGAGACCCCCUACUUCAUCUGGACCACUCGGCGGGAUGUGCUGGACUGCCGUUUCCUUUGCAAGGACCAGAUAAUAAACCACUACGCCCGGGCUGGUGCCUUCACCACAAAGGUAGGCCUGUGUCUCAACCUGCGUAACCUGCCCUGGUUUGACGAAGCUGAUGCCGACUCCUUCUUCCCACGCUGCUAUCGCCUGGGGGCCGGGGAUGACAAGAAGGCCUUCAUAGAGGACUUCUGGCUGACGGCCGCCCGCAGCGUGCUCAAGCUGGUGGUGAAGUCCGAAAGGAAGUCACGUUCACGCCAGGCCAAGGAGGAAGAGGCCCCAGGAGAAAAACAGCUCAAGAAGGGAGAGAAGAAGAUAGCAACUGUGACCCCAGAGUUUGUAGACAAGGCUCUGAGUGUGUGUGAGGAGCACCUUAGCACCCUGGCACACCUGGACAUCGACAGGGAUGUGGGGGUCCCCCUGUACUUGGGCCCCGAUGGCUGGGCCCUCUUUCUGCAGUGCUACUACCAAGUGGUCCAUGAGGGAGCGGAACUCAGGCACCUGGAGACACAGGUACAACGCUGUGAGGACACCCUGCAGCGGCUGCGGGCCGUGGUGCCCCAGAUGGACAUGGAGGGAGACCGCAACGUGUGGAUUGUGAAGCCAGGAGCCAAGUCCCGUGGACGAGGCAUUAUGUGCAUGGACCACCUGGAGGAGAUGCUCAAGCUGGUGGACUGCAACCCGCUCAUGAUGAAGGACGGCAAGUGGGUGGUGCAGAAGUACAUCGAGCGGCCCCUGCUCAUCUUCGGCACCAAGUUUGACCUGAGACAGUGGUUCCUGGUCACUGACUGGAACCCCUUGACCGUGUGGUUCUACCGCCACAGCUACAUCCGCUUCUCCACACAGCCCUUCUCCCUGAAGAACCUGGACAAUGCGGUGCACCUGUGCAACAACUCCAUCCAGAAACACCUGGAGACCUCAUGUCACCGGCAUCCCUUGCUGCCAGCAGACAACAUGUGGUGCAGCCAGAAGUUCCAGGCCCACCUGAAGGAGAUGGGGGCCCCGCAUGCCUGGGCCACCAUCAUCGUGCCUGGCAUGAAGGCUGCUGUGAUCCAUGCGCUGCAGACCUCACAGGAUACAGUGCAAUGUCGCAAGGCCAGCUUUGAGCUCUACGGGGCUGACUUUGUGUUCGGUGAGGACUUCCGCCCCUGGCUGAUCGAGAUCAAUGCCAGCCCCUCCAUGGCACCCUCCACGCCCGUCACCUCGCGGCUCUGUGCCAGUGUGCAAGCUGACACCUUACGUGUGGUCAUUGACCGGCGGCUGGACCGCACCUGCGACACAGGAGCCUUCGAACUCAUCUAUAAGCAGCCUGUUGUGGAAGUGCCCCAGUACAUGGGUACCCGGCUCCUGGUGGAGGGCUGCACCAUCAAGAAGCCCAUGGCACUGUGUCCCAGGCGGCUCAGACUCCACCCAGCAUUCCCACACCUGCUGACCCAGCAAGGCUCUGGGGAAGGCAAGGACUCGGGGGUCCCCACCUCUUCUCGGAAUGCGGCCAGGGCCAGAAGCCAGAGGCAUGCUGACAAGUCGGACUUCACCCCCGUCACCGCAGUCCCCGGGAAGGGGAAGAAAGGCAAGGCGAGAAGUGUCAAGGCCCUGGCCCACCCCAGUCUGCGCAAGUGGGACCCCACCAGCUCCAGGAUGGGCUGCAUUCUCACCAUGACCUGGGCUAGUGGAGACAGGCACCCCCACCCCCUGGAUCGCUUGCCACUGAGCCCGAAGAACCCCCAGGCCCUGGCCCCGUACCACCUCCCCAGUCUCCACGCCAAGGCCCGGCUGCCUUCUUCCCGUGUGCUCGGAGCCCAGGGGCAGGCCCUCAGUCUGCAGCCCCACAAGCUGCUGGGCUCUAAGGCCCUGUCGACCACAGGCAAGGCCCUGAUGACUCUACCUACGGCCAAGGUGUUCAUUUCCCUCCCACCCAACUCUCAUCUCAAGCUGGCACCUGGCGGGCUGAAGCCAAGAAAGGAGGCUCUUGCUUCUCAGCGCCUUCCCAGCCCCAGUGCUGGACGGGCCCUGUGGUAUCUGCCCUUGGACAUCGCAGCUCUUCCUAGCACCCCUAGGAAGGUCAAGGCCAGACGCGGCAACAAAUCCAAGACUGAAGUGAGCCCUGCGAGGAGGCUGGGCAUCCCGGAUGCCCUGUCCCUUACUGACAAAUUCCAGGGGCUGCUGGGCAUGGGGGACAUGAGGCUAGCGAAGCCCCUGCUUUGAUCCCUGCUGUACCCUGCCCCUGUCCUGGAAACAGUGCCAAAUAAAAAGGAGCAAGUGAA